CCACCAAGACAAAACAUGUUACCGGGUGAUGGUGAGAUGACAUCUUGUUAUUAUAUGUCAUUUCAAGAGUAUGUAUAUGGUGAAGGGAAAGCAGUUCCAUCCUCAGUACGGGACCAUUUUAGGAGAAAAGACGAAUCUUCGUCUAGUAUGUCGUCCAGUGGUCGCUCUCAUGGUAGAGAUAGGGGCAGUGGGAAACACAACCUAGACGAGGUGUUGAAACGGCUACAUGUACUGGAGCAGCAUGUGUUUAUGAACCGACAACCUACAGAGGUUGUGCAAGAUGAAGUGAUGAAUAAAAACAAUACAACUGAAAAUGUUUUUGGUGAUAUUCAAGACGACAAGGUGUUGGAGGAGAGGAAUGACUAUGCGGGGAACAAAUUUGAUGAUGAUGUGUUUGAUGUAAAUAAUUAUAGUGAAGUUAAAGAGGUUCUUAUAGUUACAUUAAUUUAUCUUUUGUUUUUAGUAGAUUAA